AUGCCAACUCUGUCUAUAUCUUCUUAUGAGGAAGAUUAUGAAUCUAUGUAUGGAGAAGAGUAUGAACUAAUGUAUGAGGAAGAGCAUGAAGCAAUGCAUAAGGAAGAUCAUGAACCAAUAUAUGAGAAAGAGUAUGAAUCAGAGUUACAAUUAGAUGAAUCUGAAGUUAGUGAAUCAUCGCAAGUACAAAAGUCAAAUAGCAAAAUACUUCAAAAAAAAAGAAGAAAACUACGCAAUUUGUGGAAUUGUAAUCGGAAGUUAGCAUACCAGCAUAGAACGACAUCAAAUCUUAAAAGGCAUCUUAAUUCUCACAAGACCAAAGUACCUGAAUUAAAGAAAUUAAAUAUAAAAGAAGACAUCUCAGUUGUGGAUAUGUUAAAUAAUAAGUCAGGU